AUGGGCGAUGGAACCUGGGGCUCGUCAUUGCCUUCUCUGUCAUCGCCCGCGAUUUCGACACUUUCUUUGAAAACCAAAAUAUCCUUCAAAACUGGAGCGGCAACAGCAGUAACCGUGACACCAUUUUACACACUGAAGCCGGAGCUGCCACCAAAAAGUCCCAUGCUCGGCAGUUCUGAUUUAUUGACGGCAUACGAUCUUGGUGCUGUGUACAGUCGGUAUUGCUGUGCGAAAAAGAUGCGUGAAGAUCUCAACUCCUCACUGAAAAUGCUUGUGGAGAAGCCACCGAUAACUGGUAAAGAAAUUAAUACACUGUCUUCCACAGCUAUGAGUGGAUUCCGUCUGACACCAGGACCAGUUGACGAAAGGUACCGAUACCUUUUCGAGAAGAAACGCGAAGGCGAUGGCAUGCCAGUCAUUUAUGAUAUAGAAAGAAAAGAUUACAGCGGUGGUCAGCGGUACAAAAACUCAUUAGAUAGCUUAGACGGUGAGUACCAUACGCAGAAACGCUUCAUU